AUGCAAUUAGACUAUUUAACUACUUUAGGUUUAUUAACAACUAUUGUCAAUGGUUUAACAUUACCAAAAUUUUCAAUUCCAUCAAUUCCAAUUCCAACUAAAAUUAUACCAGUUUCUAUUCCAACUGCUAUUCCAACUGCUAUUCCAACUGCUAUUCCAAUCCCAGUUAUAGGCGGUGCUUCAAUCCCUUCAAAUAUUCCAAUCCCUAUAAUUGGUGGUGCUUCAAUUCCAACAAAUUUUCCAGUUAUUCAAUUACCUAGUUUCAUUCCACAAAUUCCAGGUUUACCAACUUUAGAAGAUUUAAAAAAAUUAAGUAAAGAACAAUUACAAAAAGAAUUACAAGCUGGUGGUAUAUUAGCUUUUGAUAUUUUAAAUUCUUUAGGUUUUGAUGCACAAGCUUUAAUUCAAGGUGGAUUAAAUGGUGGAAGUAUUCAAGUUGGUGCUAAUGGUAAUGUUGGACCAAUUAGUGGUUCAAUUGGUGGUGGUGCUUCAAUUUCAACAAGUGAUGAUAAUGAAAAUUUAAUUGAAAGAAAUUUAGUUGGUGGAUCUUUUACUUAUGCUACUGCUAUUGCUUUUUCAAUUUUACAAAAAUAUGGAUUCUCCUUUACUGGAUUUGCUCAAGGUUCAGUUAAUUAA